ACAUUCCUGGACGCCGUCAGAUACACAGUCCCUAUGGAAGAGCCAGAAUUCGUGGGUCAGGUGCCUAACGUGACCGCUGCCAUCGGAAGGGAUGCCAAAAUCCCAUGUAUUGUCAAUAAUUUGGACACUUAUAGGGUGGCCUGGCUUAGGGUCGAGAGCAAAACGAUCCUGACCAUUCAUCACCACGUGAUUACACGCAAUAACCGAAUCAGUUUGAGUCAAAGCGAUAGCAAUGUUUGGACACUUCAUAUAAAGAAUAUCCAGGACUCGGAUCGGGGAGGCUAUAUGUGUCAGAUCAACACAAUGCCAAUGAAGAGUCAGGUGGGAUACGUGGAGGUGACGGUUCCGCCGGAUUUCGUUAAUUCUGAGACCAGUACUGAUGUAAUGGUGAGAGAGAACCUGAAUGUGACGUUAAAAUGCAAAGCUAAAGGACAUCCCGAUCCCCGGCUCACGUGGAGGAGAGAAGACAAUCAGCCACUAGAAUACGGCAAUUGGCAGCUGAAUAAGAAUCAGGGCAUAGACUCCGAGACCACAUUAGAUGGAGAAAAAUUAACGAUUUAUAAAGUGAGUCGACUUCAUAUGGGCGCAUAUCUGUGUAUAUGGCUUUAA